AUAAAAAAAAUAAUCCAUACGGAGAACGGCGUGCCUGAAGGGUGUGGCCCAAACCCAGUGCCUCCCCCUGGAUCCUCUACGCAAUGUGAACCCACGCUACCAUCUGUCCCACCCCAACCUAGAUUCUCAGCCGCCGGGCAGCGGAGCCACGCCCCCGGGCGCUAAUCGCCCGGGCAAGCACCCACCCGCCUGUUCUCUCCACCAAUAUCGCCCCGCUAGGAGAAAGGCGCAGGCGCCUCACGCAGCCUCUCUGCAGCUUUGAAGCACUCGUCAGUACCUUCUCUACCACCCUUUCCUCCCCUGAGCAGCCCCAAGCCGUCCGGCUGGCUGGCUGGCUGGCUGGCUGGACAGAGGUAGUGAUUUCUGAGCCCAGCUACCGGGUGGAUUCUUGGUGGCGACAGCUCUGUUCCUCCCAGAUGGCGCUUAGGGCCGAGCCCCCCGACGGGGGCUGGGGAUGGAUGGUGGUGCUCUCAGCGUUCUUCCAGUCGGCGCUGGUGUUCGGGGUGCUCCGGUCCUUCGGCGUCUUCUUCGUGGAGUUUGUGGCGGCGUUUGAGGAGCAAGCAGCGCGCGUGUCCUGGAUCGCCUCCAUAGGAAUCGCGGUGCAGCAGUUUGGAAGCCCAGUGGGCAGUGUCCUGAGCACGAAGUUCGGGCCCAGGCCCGUGGUCAUGGCUGGUGGCGUCUUGGCUGCUCUGGGAAUGCUGCUCGCCUCCUUUGCUACCUCCUUGACCCACCUAUACCUGAGUAUUGGGCUGCUCUCAGGCUGUGGCUGGGCCUUGACCUUCACUCCAACCCUGGCCUGCCUGUCCCGUUACUUCUCUCGCCGGCGGUCUCUGGCCACAGGCCUGGCGCUGACGGGCGGGAGCCUCUCCGUUGCCUUUGCCCCAUUCUUCCAAUGGCUGCUCAACCACUAUGCCUGGCGGGGGGCCCUACUGCUGGUGUCUGCUCUCUCCCUCCACCUGGUGGCCUGCGGUGCUCUCCUCCGUCCACUUUCUCUGACUGAGGACCCUGCCAUGGGUGGCCCUGGGGCCCAACUCAUCUCCCUCCUCCGUCAUGGACCCUUCCUCUGUUAUGCUGUUGCCCUUACCCUGAUCAACACUGGCUACUUCAUUCCCUACGUGCACCUCGUGGCCCAUCUCCAAGACCUGAAUUGGGAUCCAUUGCCUGCUGCCUUUGUACUCUCAGUAGCUGCUAUUUCUGACCUUGUGGGGCGUGUGGUUUCUGGGUGGCUAGGGGACACAGUCCCAGGGCCUGUGGCACGACUCUUGAUACUCUGGACUACCGUGACUGGGGUGUCACUGGCCCUGUUCCCCGUGGCUCGGGCUCCCACAGCCCUGGUGACUCUGGCCGUGGCCUAUGGCUUCACAUCAGGAGCCCUGACCCCAGUGGCCUUCUCCGUGCUGCCUGAACUGGUGGGGACUGGAAGGAUAUACUGUGGCCUGGGACUGGUGCAGAUGGUAGAGAGCAUCGGGGGACUGCUGGGGGCUCCUCUGUCAGGCUACCUCCGGGAUGUGACAGGCAACUACACAACUUCUUUUGUGGUGGCUGGAGCCUUCCUUCUUGCAGGGAGUGGAGUCCUCAUCAUUCUGCCCCACGUCUGCUUCCCAGCUCCUACCUCCAAGCCCCAGGACUUUGUAACAGAGGCACUGGAUAUCAAAGUCCCCCUGCCCAAGGAAGGGCCAGGAGAGGACUGAGUUCAAUAAGGGGCUGUCAGACCCAAAAAGCCAGAGGUUGGCAGCUCUAGGUCUUUUCAUCCUGCCCCAUCUUGAUGCCCAUAGAACCACAGUGCCUUAAUCUAUUCUUGAUCUAUCUUCUGCCACAGCAGGCCCAGGGCUCCUGCGAUGUGUAUACCAACCCUUUGUAUUUUGUUGAGGACUUCUAUCUCUUCUUUGCUCCCCAACCUUUUCUGCAGGAUCCAGGAGUUCAGCCUGCUUCACUGAGCUGUGAAUCAACUGUGAAAAUCAAAGGCCAAGAGACUUAUUAUGUUUUACAGGUGAUCCCUGGUGUUACCCACUAAGUUUCUUUGAAGACAGAUGUUUGGGAAAGAGGGAUGCCCGUUUUGAGAUAAAACUGAAUAAGAAAACUAGAUAAUAAUUAGAAACUCAGAAAGA